GUCGCAUUUUCGGAAAGGCCUUGGGCCUAGAGUUCCCAGAAAUCCUGCAGAAGCGCAUGGGCGCUGUGCAGAAGCGCCCGCUCCAGGCCCUUUUCCUGGCUAGGUUAGCACCCAUCUCCACAGGGGUGAAAAACUACGCCCUUGCCUUGCUGCCGGCAGAG